AUGGUGGGCACAGGGGCUCAGCCGGGCUGUCUGCAUCCCCAGCUGGAGGACUGCACGCUGCAGGUCUCGCCCUCCGGACACGACCUGGACCUUGACUUGUCCCUGCUGGAGCAGAAGGAUGAUCUGGAGGGUUUCUACGAGGAGCUGGAGGACUGCACGCUGCAGGUCUCGCCCUCCGGACACUACCUGGACCUUGACUUGUCCCUGCUGGAGCAGAAGGAUGAUCUGGAGGGUUUCUACGAGGAGGUCAGGAAGGGGAGACGGCCGACCCUGAUCCUGCGCACACAGCUCUCCGUCCGAGUCCACGCCAUCAUCGAGAAGCUGUACAACUCACAGGGGCCGGAGCUGCGGCGUUCCCUCUUCUCCCUCAAGCAGCUCUUUCAGGAGGACAAGGACCUGGUGCCGGAGUUCGUGAACCUGGAUGGGUUGACGUGCCUGAUCAAAGUGGGGGCAGAAGCCGACCAGAACUACCAGAAUUACAUCCUCCGGGCCUUGAGCCAGAUCAUGCUCUUCAUGGACGGCAUGCAGGGUGUCAUUAACCACAACGAGACCGUCCAGUGGCUGUACACGCUGUCAGGAAGCCCGUUUCGCCUGGUGGUGAAGAUGGCGCUGAAGCUGCUGCUGGUAUUCGUGGAGUACACGGAGGCCAACGCCCUGCUCCUCAUCUGUGCUGUCAACGCCGUGGACCAGGCGAGAGGCACGUGCCCGUGGUCCAACCUGAUGGCCAUCCUGGAGCAACGCAACGGGGCUGACACGGAGCUGCUGGUGUUCACCAUGACGCUGAUCAACAAGACGCUGGCAGCCCUCCCAGACCAGGACACCUUCUACGACGUGACGGACUGCCUGGAGCAGCAGGGCAUGGAGCGGGUGGUGCAGCAGUACCUGGGCAGCAAGGGCACCGACCUCGACUUGAAGCAGCAGUUCUCACUCUACGAAAGUGCUCUCAAGCUGGAGGAUGGGGUGGAGGAGCUGCCCCCGGGGGGGCGCAAGGAGCGGAGGAGGACGGAUGAGGGCCGGCGCGGGUGGCGAUCCCAGGGUGGCUGCCCAGAGCCCAGCCCUGAUGCCCAGCCGCUGCUGGGGUCCCCUGGCACCCCGAAGGAGCCCCCAACCGAGGACACCCCAGUUGUCCCCGCACCAAGCAGCCCCGCAGAACCCUGUCCAGUCAGUGUCUACAACAGCGCGUCCAGCGUGCGGCUGGCCCUGGCCUCCCCUCCAGCUGAGAAGGAGCAGCCCCCGGGCCCAGGCGAGCGCAGCAUCUACAAGCUGCACCAAACUGCCCCUGUCUGGCGGGAGGAUGCCCCCUCCUUGCGUGGGGACAAGCCUAUUUUGAGGAAGUUUGAAGCUCGCUUCUUGGAGAACCUGGCCGCAGCCCAGAAGGAGAAGAUCUCUUCCAUGGCCAAGGGACGGCUCGAUGUCCUCGGUGAUGCCAUGCUGGAGCAUCCCACCGCUCUCACGUGGGACAGGGACAGCGGCACCCCUGAGCCUGGGAUGGUGCCACCCAGCAUAAGGUCUCACCUGGCUCGGCUGGACACCACCGACUCCUGUAGCACCAUUUCCUCCGACACCAAGUUUAUGCUGGACAUGCUCUACGCCAAGGGCUCCUCGGAGCCGGGGAGGGAGAAGGUCUUCCCUGAGGUCCCGUCGUCCCCCCUGGUCCAGAGUGAGGUGGAGAUGGACGCCGAGGGAGGUUGCAGCCGGGAGCAGGAGGGCGCCUGGCUCCAUGGCAGGGCCCCAGACGGGCCAGUGGCCAGUGCCCACGCCAAGCUGGCGCGUGCCAUGUCCGGCGUAGAUGCUGAGACCCACACUCAGAAGCUGGAGAACACCGGGAUGAUGCCUAUCAAGAAGGACAUGGAGCUGACGUGGGAGCGCCUGGAGGCCAGCCCCGGGCAGCUGAAGAUCAAGGACCUGGACUUCACUGAUUUGGGGGAAGAAGAAGACUUUGACAUCCUGGACACGGCGCCCAUGGCCAACAGCUCCUUCCUUCAUCCCGGCAUUGAAGCAACAAGCGCUGGAGCUCUCAUGGUUCCCCCGCCACCUCCUGCGGUCCUUGGUUGCCCUCCGCCGCCACCUCCACCUCCUGCGGUCUCUGGCUGCCCACCACCUCCACCUCCACCCCCUGCGGUCCCCAGCUGCCCACCCCCCCCAGGGCUGCCAGGCCUCUCAGCAAUGGAUGGCCCCUCCCAGGCCAAGAAGAAGAGGACAGUGAAGCUCUUCUGGAAGGAGCUGAAGCAGCUGGAUGGCACCGUGGGGCCAGGCAGGUUUGGCCAGGCGACACUGUGGGCGUCCCUGCAGAACGUUGAGGUCAAUGCUGCCAAACUGGAGCAUCUCUUUGAGUCACGGUCAAAGGAAGUGCCAACUUCAAAGAAGGCCAUCGAUGGGAAGAAGGUGGUGGUGGUGCUGGACCCCAAGAGGAGCAACGCCAUCAACAUUGGCCUCACGGUGCUGCCACCCGUGCACAUCAUCAAAACAGCUGUGCUCAACUUUGACGAGUUUGCAGUCAAUAAGGAAGGGAUUGAGAAAAUCCUGACCAUGGUCCCGACUGAGGAGGAGAAGCAGAAGAUCCAGGAGGCCCAGUUGGCCAACCCUGAUGUGCCCUUGGGCUCUGCGGAGCAGUUCCUGCUUGCCCUGUCUUCCAUCAGCGACCUCACAGCCAGGCUCCAGCUCUGGGCCUUCAAGCUGGACUACGAGAGCCUGGAGCAGGAGAUUGCAGAGCCGCUCUUUGAUCUGAAGGUGGGCAUGGAGCAGCUGGCCAGAAAUCACACCUUCAAGUGCAUCCUGGCCACGCUGCUGGCCAUGGGCAACUUCUUGAACGGCUCCCAGAGCAGAGGCUUUGAGCUGGGCUACCUGGAGAAGGUCUCCGAAGUGAAGGACACGGUGCACCGGCAGUCCCUGCUCCACCAUCUCUGCCAGAUGGUGGUAGAGAAGUUCCCAGAAACCACUGACCUCUACUCAGAGAUUGCCUCCAUCACCCGCUCUGCCAAGGUUGACUUUGAUGAGCUGGCCAACAGCCUGGUGCAGCUGGAGCGGAGGUGCAGGGCCUCCUGGGACAACCUGAAGGUGAUUGCCAAGCACGAGACCAAGCCGGUGCUGAAGAGCAAGCUGACGGACUUCCUCAAGGACAGCACCCAGCGCAUUGUCAUCUUGAAAGUGGUGCACAGGCGCAUCCUCAACAGGUUUCACUCCUUCCUGCUGUACCUGGGGUACCCGGCGAGUGCAGUGCGGGACGUGAAGGUGACGCCCAUCUGCAAGCUGCUGCAGGAGUUCGCCCUGGAGUACCGCACCUGUCGGGAGCGCGUCCUGCAGCAGCAGAAGAAACGGGCUGCCCACCGCGAGCGCAACAAGACCCGGGGACGGCUCAUCACCGAGACCGAGAAGUUCUCUGGCAUCACUGAGGCCGCUUCGCCGCCUGCCGUAGUGUCCAGCAGUCCCGGGGAGCAGAUGGAAGCGGGUCACGAGAGCAUGAAGAGCCUGCUGACCUCCCCCACGGACGCCCCUGCCCGCCGCAGCCGGGCCAGCCGGGGGACAGGGCACACCACCCCAGCCCAGGGCUCUCCAGCCCAGGAGGACGUUCCCAGCUCCCCAGACGACGCUUCGGAUGAAAUCAUGGACCAGCUGGUGAAAUCGGUGACACACAACGCCAAUCCCCGGCCCUGCGCCAACAAGGAGCGCAGGAGGUCCCGUGGCAAUAGGAAGUCCUUGAGACGGACGCUGAAGAGUGGGCUCAGUGAUGACCUGGUGCAGGCGCUGGGCCUGGGGCAGGCGUCCGGCAUGGAGGUUUGAGGGGGCCGAGGGGGCUCGUGCUGCUCCCUACUGUCAGCAGCCUCCAGGGCAGGACGUGGUGGCAGCCCCUGCUGCUCCAGGACUGGCACGCUCUGCGCCCUUGGCCUCGCCUUGCUUUUCCCUGCCGGCCUCCAGCUCCCGGAGUUGCGGGCAGCAGGAUGGGAGUGAUGCCCUGGAGCUGCUCCACGGUGGCCGGGAUGGAAGAUGCUCAGCGUUUGUGUGUGGGUGUGGAGGCCAACUUCUCAACAGUAUUAGAGGGGUCAAGGGGCUGGACCCAGACCCCCUCUGGGAACGGGGUCUGGCCCGUAGCCACUGUGGCAAUAAAGUGAUCUGACAUGCU